GAUUUUCAUCAUAUGCUUAGUCUACCCGUGGCCGCCAGAUUCGUGACUCUUUCUUGGGCGGUGUUUUACAUCCUCGCUGUCCUUUUCGGCGCUCCGUUUUUCUCUGAUAUAAUUGCAACCGCUGUACUUGCUACAGCUCUAACGGCCGUCUCUGCUCUGCCUGCCGUCUUCCUAUUCGAUUCAGAAGAGCGAGCGGUUGAAGUGAUCCUACAAUUAUUUUCGUGUGAAGGCAAUCCAACACCAAAAGAAUCAGUUUUACUGUUCAACUCCGUAUUCGCUUUUUUGGGUGCUUGGGCAGCAGCUGCUGUUCAUCCAUUGGAUUGGGAUCGUUGGUGGCAGCGAUACCCUCUUCCUUCCCUCGUCGGUUGCUUUAUUGGAGCAGUUAUUGGUAUUUUUAUUGCCAUUACCCGGAUUUUUGUCAUCAAGCGGACCGCUUACAAUAAGACUAAAAAACGCUAAACAAUGGUUCAGCGUCAAAAAACUCUUGCGACAUUCGGAGCAGGACCUUUUGCAACAGGUGAUUCAAGUGGUGGUCGAUUCGGUCAUUAUACAUUUGAUGAUGCCCCACAACUUCUCGGAAUUCUGUUGGCAGAAUUUCAUA